ACUCCAACCUACCCUUUGCUUGCCGCAUACUCUAUUAGUGGUAAUGACCUCUUCUUCCCGGCGGCCAAUUCCUACUAUUGAUAGGAUUAGCGACCUACCGGAUUCAAUUCUCGGUCAUAUUCUCUCUUUUUUCCCAACCAAAUUCGCUGCAACCACCAGCGUCCUCUCGAAGAGAUGGAAUUUGGUGUGGCUCUCAGUCUUGGCUCUAAACUUCAAUGAUUAUGAAAGCUUUCAAAAAUGUGUCUCCUUAAUCUUGUUCAAAUUGCGAGACGAAAAGACUCCCAUCCAUUCCUUUACCUUGAAAUUUCGCAAGUCUUCUAGCUUCAACGAAAAAGAAUUCAAUCGAAUUUUUGAAUUUGUGAUGCAACUCGGAAUCAAGUAUCUUGACUUCAAAAUGUCCGAUAAAAAAUUCCUUAUCGAAUCACCUCCUGCCAUUCUAAGAUUUAAGACACUUGAAGUUCUUAAGUUGGCAAAUGUAAUAAUGGGAAAGUUUGAUAAAUUGGAUUUUCCUCUGCUCAAAACUCUUCAUUUGGAUAGUGUUUCUUUUAUUUCUCUUGAAUAUUUUGUGAAGCUUCUGUUUGGUUGUCCUAUUCUAGAGGAUUUGCAUACAAAAUCAUCUAUAUACCAAUUCGGGCAGUCUUAUGUUCCAAUGGAAAAUUUGAAUGCUUUACCUAAUUUGGUCAAAGUAAGGAUUAUUAAUGAUAUGAAUACUCUGAUGAAGAUCUUGUCUCUUCGCGGUGAUGCCUCACCCUCACUGCACACUCUAGAAUUUCGCAGGCAUGAAAUCAUGGAGCCAUGCCUACUCAAAAGGAUUAUAAAAUACGCAGUUUCACACAAUGUCCAACGAUUAGACACCUAUAUUACAUGUGAUAUUCAACACUUUCCGACUUUAUUUUCAUGUCACACUCUAACAUCUCUUUCUCUUUGUGUUACUCACCCUAAAGAUGAUGGAAUGUGCACAUUAGUUCCUAAAGCUCUGGAUUUGCCAUCAUUAACUGACUUGAAACUACGGCACUGUGCCUUUUGUGUCGGUGAUGAUGGUCGUGUUGAGCCAUUUUCAGCAUUAACCCGAUUGAAAAGUUUGAUUAUGGUGUAUUGUAAAGUUCCGGAUUCCCACAAUCUUUGCAUAUCAAAUACCAAACUUGUCAAUUUAAAUAUAUACAUGUGUCAUUAUGAUCCUGAGACCUAUUUCGGAAUCAAGCUAUCUGCUCCAAGUCUUUGUAACUUUAAUUUUAGGGGUAUUCUUGUUCAGAAACAUUGUGGGAACAAUAAUGAUCUCUCUUCUAUCAAACAUGCAUGUAUUGAUUUAAUAAGUUUGUGGAAUUCUAAGGAGACUUCAUUGGUUCUACUCAACUGGCUGAUUGAGCUUGCUAAUAUCGAAACAUUGACCGUCUCUUCAACUACUCUCGAGGUUCUUUCCUUUGUACCAGAUUUAUUGAAGGCUCAGCUCCGUUUCUUGUGUCACUUGAAGUCACUGAAAGUAGAAAUGAGACUAUUAUCAUCCAUACCUUAUGGAAUAGUGGAUUUGUUUCUUAAACAAUCACCCUCAUUAAAGGUUGAUAUCAUAAAUUGAUUAAGGUGAAAUGUGUAUUCAAAGAUUUCUUUGUUUAGUAAUUUAGCUUUUGCACCAUUCUUUCUUUCUCACGAUAUCUCUUGUUAUAACUUACUUUCCAUCGAUAAAUUACAGAACCCUAUGUAGAGAAACAAACUUACUUUUGUAGCAGUUAAAAAAAGCUAAGGCUAUAAUAGUUUUGCUUUAUC